AGAGGCUCGGCGCUGAGCAGGACUCCACGUAAAUACACACAGCAGACGCUAUCGCUGUGUCGCAGGGGGGACUGAAGAUACACCGCAGGCUUUGUGUUCGGCAACGCCGAGGGAGGAGAUAAGACUGAAGAAAACCAUAGAGGAACGAGACAACUAGCCAGGGAGGAGGAGGAGGAAAGAGGGGAUUUGGGUUUCUCUGUUUAGAGCGCGCACGUGUCCUCAGACAGUGUGACCGAGCAGAGAGGCCGGGCGUCACUUUUUUUGGGGGCAGACCUUCGCGUCACACACCGAUGAUGGAGAGGAGGAGGAUGGACGUAGCACUGCUGGUGCUGUUAAUGGGACAUCUCGCCACCACGCUGGAGGUCCCACUAGACCUGCCCCAGCCACCGACCAUAACUCACCAAUCCCCCAUGGAUUACAUCAUCGACCCACGAGAGAACAUUAUAAUCCACUGUGAGGCGAAGGGGAAGCCUCAUCCCAGUUUCUCCUGGACGAGAAAUGGGACCCACUUUGACGUAGACCAAGACACCAACGUGAUCAUGAGACCCCACUCUGGGACCCUGGUGGUGGACAUCAGCAGAGAAAAGGCCGAACACUAUGAAGGGGUGUAUCAGUGCACAGCAAGAAACAAACAUGGAACUGCUGUUUCCCACAACAUAGUCAUACGACAGUCCAGGUCUCCACUGUGGUCAAAGGAGAAAAUCAAGCCAAUCGUCGUUCAGGAGGGUGUGUCCUUGGUGCUGCCGUGUCGACCCCCCGCUGGCCUGCCUCCCCCCAUUAUAUUCUGGAUGGACAAUAAUUUCCAGAGGCUGCCUCAGAGCAGCAGGGUGUCCCAGUCCCUGAAUGGAGACCUUUACUUCUCUAAUGUACUCCGAGAGGAUUCCAGGAACGACUACAUCUGCUAUGCCCGCUUCCCACACACACAGACCAUCCAGCAGAAACAACCAAUCACCGUCAAGGUCUUCAACCUGGAUGCAAUCAAUGACACAAUGGCAGCUUUUUACAAUGACACUGAUUUAUUUAGUGAGGACCCCGUGGAUGAGAGGAAGCCAACCUUCCUCACCCCAUCUGGUUUGUCCAGUGCCAAGAUGGUGUUGAGAGGACAGGUGCUGGAGAUGGAGUGUAUUGCAGAGGGACUGCCAACCCCUGAAAUCUCCUGGACCAAAGUGAGUGGUGAUCUGCCGGCCAAGCGCACAUCCUUCCUGCACUACCAGAAGACACUGCGUAUUGUGAAUGUGUUGGAAUCAGACGCAGGAGAUUACCGCUGCACUGCCAGGAAUGUGCUCGGCUCAGUGCACCACACCAUCCGUGUCGCAGUCAAAGCUGCUCCAUAUUGGAUCAGUGGCCCUCCCAGGAAUCUUGUCCUAGCUCCAGGAGAGAAUGGUGUGCUGACCUGCAGGGCCAGUGGCACGCCCAAACCCACCAUCACCUGGUCUAUGAAUGGAAUCCCCAUAGAGAAUUCCCCUAAAGAUCUUAGCAGAAAGGUGGAGGACGACACCAUCAUCUUCACUGAUGUACAGACAGGAUCCAGCGCCGUCUACCAGUGUAAUGUCUCCAAUGACUAUGGUUACCUCCUGUCCAACGCCUUUGUCAAUGUCCUCUCGGAGCCACCCAGAGUGCUGACAGCAGCCAACAAAGUCUACCAGGUCAUCAAAAAUCACCGGGCCCUGUUAGACUGCGCUUCCUUUGGGUCACCCAUCCCUAAAAUUACAUGGUUCAAAGAGAGUCGGUCCAGCACCCUGGACGGAGACCCUUACAUCCAGCUUGAUAACGGGACUUUAGAAAUUCACAUAGCUCAGGCCCAGAACAGCGGCAAAUACACCUGUGUGGCUGGAAACACCCUUGGUAUCUAUGAGAACCACGUCUAUCUGGAGGUCAAAGAGCCCACCCGCAUCCUGAAGCAGCCGGAGUACAAAGUGGUGCAGAGGGGCAGGUCUGUGGUGUUUGAGUGUAAAGUGAAACACGACCCCUCACUCAUUCCCACCAUGACCUGGCUCAAAGACGAUGGAGAGCUCCCUGAUGAUGAAAGAUUAAUUGUAGACUCUGACAGUCUCACCAUCACUGAUGUGACAGAGAACGAUGCGGGCGUGUACACCUGCAUCAUGAACACCACUCUGGACCAUGACUCAGCCAGCGCUGAGCUCACUGUUGUUGAGCACCCUGACCCCCCAACUGACCUGGAGCUGACGGACCAGAAAAAGAGGAGUGUUCAGCUCACUUGGACCCCUGGGGAUGAACAUAACAGUCCUAUUCAGAAAUUUCUGAUCCAGUACGAAGACUCACUGCACCACCGCGGUCACUGGCAUAAUCUUACCGAGGUCCCUGGAACCAAGACGACAGCUCAUCUCAAACUGUCCCCCUAUGUCCACUACACCUUCAGAGUUUUGGCCCUCAAUGCUGUGGGUUUGAGCCGCGCCAGCUUCCCCUCCAGGAUGUACAAGACAGAACCUGCAGCUCCAGACAUGAACCCAACAGGUGUGCAGGGAUUUGGAACAGAACACGACAAUCUUGUAAUCUCGUGGAAGCCACUGUCAGGCUUCCAGUCUAAUGGCCCAGGGCUUCAUUAUAAAGUGAUGUGGAGGCAGAAGGCAGUGGACACUGAAUGGAACACAGUGACCGUGGCCAACAACUCCAAGUUUGUUGUGUCUGGAACACCCACAUUUGUUCCCUAUGAGAUAAAAGUUCAAGCUGCAAACAGCCACGGAGAAGGGCCUGACCCAGCUAUUGCCCACGGCUACUCAGGGGAGGACUUGCCAGUAGCAGCUCCAGAAAAUGUUCAGGCCGUGGUGCUGAACAGCACUCUGGCAGAGGUGCACUGGGAUCCUGUGCCUCAUAAAUUAAUACGGGGACAUCUCAAAGGAUAUAAGGUGUACUACUGGAAAGAGCGCAGCCUCCAUAAACACAACCCCCAUCAUAUGGAGAACCUGAUCCUGACCUUCAGUGGGAACCACACCCACGGCAUGCUACCUGGUCUGCACCCCUUCAGUGUCUACUCCUUCAAUGUCAGAGUUUAUAAUGGCAAAGGAGAGGGACCCCCAAGCCCCACCCAGCAGUUUGAGACACCAGAAGGAGUGCCUGGGGCUCCUACUUCCCUGAUGGUCACCAACUCAAACCUGGACUCUUUAACCCUUGAAUGGAGUCCUCCUCAUGAUCGUAAUGGACGCAUCACUGGCUACACCCUCAGAUAUCAGCCAGUCAAUAACUCCAAUGAGCUGGGCCCAGUGGAGGAGCUGGCCCUGCUCGCCAAUGAGACCUCAGUCACUUUGCCCAACCUCAAGUACAGCACACGCUACAAGUUUUAUUUGAAUGCGAAAACAGUCAGUGGAGCAGGCCCAGCCAUUUCUCAGGAAGCUGUCGCCAUCGUGGAUGAAGCGCGGCCUGCGAGUCCUUUUCGGAAUGUUAGCUCCUCGGUUGGAGAUGAUGGGGCCCUGAUCAGUUGGGAGUACUGGGGCCCAGAGAAAAACGUUUAUGUAGAAUACAUAGUACAAAACAGUGAAGGUGAAGAGGAGUGGCAGAAAGAGCUUGUGAACGGCUCUCAGAACGUUGUGCUGAAGGGCUUAAAGGGGGGCCUCUCCUAUAGGGUGCGUUUGGUGGCCAAAGGUCACCAUGACCAGCCGCUCCACCACUCCAAAGAGCUAGUGGUCACGGUACCAGCUGUGGCGAGCAGACAGGUGGACAUCGCCACUCAGGGAUGGUUCAUUGGCCUCAUGUGUGCUAUCGCUCUUCUCAUCCUGAUCCUGCUCAUUAUCUGCUUCAUCCAGAGGAAUAAGGGAGGGAAAUACCCUGUCAAAGAGAAGGAGGAUGCACAUACAGACCCAGAGUUCCAACCCAUGAAAGAAGAUGACUGCACUUUUGUGGAAUACAGUGACAAUGAGGACCAUAAACCAUUAAAAGGGAGCCGCACACCGUCUAAUGGGACAGUUAAGAGAGACGACAGUGACGACAGUUUAGUUGACUACGGGGAAGGAGGAGACGGACAGUUCAACGAGGAUGGCUCUUUUAUCGGCCAGUAUAGCGGAAAGAGUGCCAGCAGGGACACUGCUGAGGGCCAGGAGAGCUCAGAGGCCCCGUCUCCUAUUAAUGCCAUGAACUCCUUGAACUCAUUUGUGUAGCCAAUCAGUCCUCACAGUAUGAGGUGCUGCACUGACUGCUCAAUACCCACAUCUCUCUUAGAGGGCUGUCCCAACACCGCAUGGCUUUAUGAUCUCACGUCCAUCCCCAGUGCCACAUGUGACACAUUAUUUACAGACGACUCAUCAAAGGCGCUAUGUUAUGUUUUCAUUUGGAAAUCUUUAUGGAGAGGCUUGGAAACCCAUAGCUCAUCAUAUAGGAAAUAGCUAAACCACUUAUAUGAUUUUAACAGUGCAUGAAAUACCUGAUAUUACCUAAAUCCAUAUAUAAAUUAACACUUUGAUAUUAACAGGUGUUGCAUUCUUGCUGUACCAGGAAUCUCUCAUGGACUAUGCAGUGCUUGUCUGAACUAUAUUUGUUUUUGUUAUUGGUUAUUAUAUUAUCUACUAUUUUCAAAUAGUAAUCACUGUCUACAGUAAAUGAUUAUUACUCCAUGUAUUUUUUCCAACACUUGUACAGGAAUCUGUAUUUAAUAAUGUAAUUAAUUCAUGUAAUUCCAUCAUGCAUUUACAGUGCACAAGGCAGAUCAUGUACAGUGUACAUAUAGAUAUAUAUAUAUAUGAAGUGAACUAUCUGUAAACUGAAUAUUUGGGGCAGCGCACACAGCAUGCUUGAGAUUGCUGCGUUGACACAUCUUCAUCUGUCAACACUCUGUUGAAUGAUCCAUCUGCACCUAUAAAGGAGGAAGCUGAAAUUCUGCAUGGCAUGUCAAAUGACCUUUGCCCUGCAUGUGACCUUCUCUUACUGAGCUUGAUCUGAAGGCCACUGGGAAAUGUUGAGGAUAUGAUAGCUUGUCUCAGUCCCUAUAGUGCUCCUUCAGCAGGUAGUGCCUUUUCUUCAUCACAACAAUUUGAUUCUGAAGUCUCUUUCCCAAGCUCAGUGACUGGAACAGAAACAGUAGUAGGACUGCAGAAGUCCCAUCCAGGAAUGGAUAAGAUAAGAUAAGCUUGAGAAGAGGACCCUGUGGAGGGAGGAAUAAUUCAUACGCUCCUGUCAUCUUUUUUUAAAAAGACUCUUCCCAAUGCCUUGAGACGCCCGACUGGCUUUGAUUCCACCAAGAAACUAAACGCACCCACACUGGAUCAGACUAAAACAUGAAAACCAUUUCUGGGACAUAAACUCUGCAGUCAUUAUGUACAGUACGUGAUUGUAUUUCUACAGUGUAUGAAUGUAUGGAUAUCUGUGAGUGUAUAGGUGUGUGUGUGUGCAGAUAACGUACAUCAUUCAGUUCACAUUAGGCAAAAAUUGUUCACUUGUACUAACUACAUUUGAGGGCCUUUGGAUGGAAUCAAGAUUUCUUUUCUCUUAACUUGCAUCAAGUUUUAUUUUUUUUUUUUAAAGACGUGUAGAAUAUUUGUUGAAUUUGUAAAUACUUUAAUUGAUUGUACAGGGACAAGCAGCUUAUAAGGCAGCCUAGAGAGGCAGUAUUGUGCAUGAUAUGGUUUAACUUGUUGAUAGGACUGUAUUAAAUAUAGACUACUUGUAGAGAAUAUAUAUUCUUUUUUUUCUUGCUGUGCACAGUGUAUAUUGUACUGUAACUAACUGAACAGAAAAGUGCAUAUAAAUUUGAAUUCUGAUUGUUUUCUGAUUUGCUUGUCGGCAAGUUAUAUAACUUUGGUAUUGUACAACAACUUUUAGAGUGUAAACACAAUAUUAACUGAUGUGCAGAAUUAUAUUGUUCUGAUUUUUAUUGGUUCUAAGCAAUCCCAAUAUACUGCCAAAACUAUGCUCUUUUCUGACAGUAUUGCAAAUGGUUUUGUAUUUAAGAAGCAGAUUUGUACUAACAGAUACUUUCUUUGUCUCUAUUUAAGUUUAUCCUUUUAGUGCAAGAAUAAAAUUCAAGCUACUGGAAAUAUAAUGAAUGAAUAAA